CCAACUGGAGGCGAAACGCGCCGAGCUGGUAAAUGCCCAGCAAGCGGCGGCAGAGCAGAAGGCCUCCUCCCUGCCGCGACCGGCGCAGCUCCACAGGGAGGCGAACGCCAUCAGCAAGGCGGAGAAGCGGCUCCGUGCAGCCCGCCAGGUUCUCGAGCAGAAGCAGGCGGCGCGGGGCCUCGCCGAGGCCCAGCUCCAGAAGGUGCUCGAGGAGGCGGCCCGCGAGGAGGCCGAGGCGCUGCGUCGCCAGCGCGCAGCCGAUUGGGCAGGGGCCAGCCAGGAGCCAGGGCUCCUCACGCAGCUGGAUCAGUUGCCCGAGGCUUGGGGCUCCAGCAAGUUCGAGGUGGCCUGGGCAGCCAUUCGCACCCAGAUGGAGGCGGUGCGCGCGCAGCUUGCGGGGGCCCCUGUGGCCCCCAAGCGAGCGCCUUGGGCUGAGUCCUGCCCCGCGGACGAGGUCAGCAGCGACGAUGGCGAUCUCGCAGGCAGCAGCGGCCCCUGGCAGCCGCAGCCAGCCGCGGAACGAG